AUGGAGCCGGAGAACGGAGCCGUGAGGGAAAACGGAACCGUGAAGGGAGAGCGGAGCCCUGAGAGCAAGAGAGCCGUGAGGGAAAACGGAGCCCGUGAGGGGGAGCGGAGCCGUGAGGGGGAGCGGAGCCGUGAUGGGGAACUGAGCCCUGAGAGGAACGUGAGGGAGAACGGAGCCGUGAGGGGAGAGGGAAUGGCGCUUCCAAGGAUUCCCUGGAAUUCCCCCGCUCUCUGCUGGCUCCUCCUGGCCGUGGCCAUUCCCGUUUCUCUGGGUUUGGAAUGCCAGGAGCACCAGUACCUGCUCCAUGGCAAAUGCUGCAGUGACUGCGCCCCCGGUCAGAGGAUGCGCAGCCGCUGCACGGCCCGGGCUGACACCGUGUGCUUGCCCUGCCAGGACGGAUAUUUCAGCUCCCAGCACCACCACGGCUUCUGCCGCAGCUGCACCGUCUGCAACGCCCGGAAGGGCAGCGUGGAGGUGAAGCCGUGCGAGAAAACCUCGGACAGGGUGUGCGUGUGCCAGGCGGGAUGGACGCCAGAGGGGAACUCUGGGGGGAACGAGUGCUCCCGAUGUCCUGAAGGAACUUUCUCCAGAGGAGGGAAUGAGAACUGCCAGCCUUGGACCAACUGCAGCUUUUUUGGGAAGAGCACUCUCCGAGCUGGCACGGCCACAGAGGACGCCCUGUGCAUCAACCCUGGCCUGGAGCCCACCCCCACAGAAUUCCCAAAAAACAGAGCUGCCAUCUCCACAGAAUUCCUAGAAAAAAGAGCUGCUAUUCCUACAGAAUUCCCAAAAAACAGAGCUAACGGCUCCAUCCCCAGGGAGGUUCCCACGCUUUGUUCGGCUCCCGGCGGCCCCUCGGAGCCCAGCUGGGGUUCUCUGUCCCUGCUCCUGCUGUGCCUGAUGCUGCUGAUGGUGAGUGGGAUUUCCAUCCUGCUCCUGAUCAUCCAGGCAUCCCAGAAAAAAACCAGGAAUGGGCCUGGGAGGAGCAUCCCGCAGAAGGAGAGCAGCUGCAGGAUCCCCAUCCAGGAGGAGCACAUCGAUUCCAACUGCAGCCUGAUCAAACCCUGAGCCCGGCUUUAGGCUGGGCUUUGCCUUCCUAAGCCCGGCUUUAGGGCUGCUCCUGCGUUCCUGAGCCCAUGGACUGAGCCUGGCACUGGUUAGGCCUGGCUUUGCUAAAUUAGGGAUGAAUUUAGGGCUGGCUGAAGUCUUGAAUGAACUCAGGAUCUCCCUUUGGAGUUUGGGAGAAUUCCUGAGGGGGUUUGGUGUGGGUUAAAGGACAAAGCUGAGCUCUAAAAUCAGGAUUAAAUGGCAAAAUUGAGGCUAAAAUUGGGAUUAAGCGGCAAAACUGAGCUCUAAGAGCAGGAUUCAGUGGCAAAACUGAGCCUAAA